AUGGCUAAACCAUCAUCCGAUGCUGCUAUUGGAGGAAUAACCAGAGCGAAACAACACCUGAUUGGGAAGUCGGGUAACGUUGCAGCUUGCAAGAAAACUCCACCAAAUGUAGUCGAAGAGUUGAAGGAAUAUAUGGCUACCAAAAAAAGUGGGACCACUUAUAGUACUUCUGGCAGUGGUAAUAUGACAAAUAUAAGAGAUUUUGAAUUUGGUAAACCAAUUGGAUGUGAUGGAAGUGAAGAAGAUGAGUUUGCGGACUCUUGUAAUGCUGCUGCAAGUGCAAAGACAAAGUGUGGGACUAAAAAAGGACCAAUGGACAAAUUUUGUAAGAAUCCAGAAAAUGCAAUCAAUCGGAGAAAAAUGGAGAUGCUGAGACAAAUGAACAUAAGAGAGUCAAUGGAUAAGAAUGAAGUAUUGAAGGUGCAUCGACAUAUUGCUUGCUUUUGGUACCAAGCAGGUUUGUCAUUCAACCUCAUUAAAUUGAAAAACUUUGAGAAUAUGGUUGCAGCCAUUGGUCAAUAUGGGCCACAUUUGCCCAUUCCUAGCUAUCAUGACAUCAGAGUUCCACUCUUGAAGAAGGAAGUUGAAUAUACUAAAAAUUUGAUGGAAGGCCAUAGGGAGCAAUGGGUCAAGUAUGGUUAUACUAUUACGUCCGAUGCAUGGACUGAUCGGAAACAAAGAUGCAUCAUUAAUUUUUUGAUUAACUCUCAAGCUGGUACCAUGUUUUUGAAGUAUGUUGAUGGCUCUGAUUUUGUAAAGACAGGUGAAAAGCUUUUUGAGUUGCUUGAUGCCAUUGUGGAGGAAGUUGGAGAAGAGAAUGUUGUUCAAGUUGUAACCGAUAAUGGGAGCAACUAUGUUUUAGCGGGUAAGUUGUUGGAGGAGAAAAGGAAACAUAUUUAUUGGAUUCUUUGUGCAGCUCAUUGUAUUGAUUUGAUGCUUGAAGAUAUUGGGAAGCUUCCCUUGAUAAGGAAGACAAUUAGAAGGGCAAUUAAUCUAGUUGGGUUUAUCUAUGCCCAUUCUAGUACCUUAAGUUUGUUGAGAAAUUUUACAAACAAGAGGGAAUUGGUGAGACAUGCUAUUACUAGAUUUGUCACUUCUUAUCUAACCUUGGAAAGGCUCCACAAAGAGAAAGCCAAUAUUAGAAAGAUGUUUACUUCUAAUGAAUGGACCUUGAACAAGUUAUCUAAGGAGCCUAAGGGAAAAGAAGCUGCAAAGGUAGUGCUCAUGCCUUCUUUUUGGAAUAGUGUGGUUUACACUCUUAAAGUCAUGGCUCCACUUGUGAAAGUGCUUCGUCUUGUGGAUGGUGAAAGGAAACCAGUCAUUGGCUAUAUUUAUGAAGUAAUGGACAAGGCAAAAGAAACAAUUAUCAAGUCUUUCAACAACAAUGAAGAAAGCAAGUACAAAGAUGUGUUUGCAAUCAUUGAUAAAAGAUGGAAUUGUCAGCUUCAUAGGCCAUUGCAUGCAGCUGCCCACUUCUUAAAUCCAGAGUUCUUUUAUGAUAACACUGACUUGGAGUUUGAUUUUGAGGUCACCAAUGGUUUGUUUGAGUGCAUUAAGAAGUUGAUUCCACAAUUUGAUGUGCAACAGAAAAUUCUAACUGAGUUGCAUCUUUACAAGAUUGGUGUUGAUCACUUUGGUUUUGACUUUGCAAUGGCUCAAAGGAAAAUCCAUUCUCCUACAUAUUGGUGGCGAAUGUUUGGGUCACAAACUCCAAAUUUGCAGAAGUUAGCUAUUAAAAUUUUGAGUUUGAAUUGCAGUGCUUCAGGAUAUUAUUCCAAAAAAAGAAAUAGGCUUGAGCACAAGAGGUUGCAUGAUUUGGUGUUUGUCAAAUACAACCAACAAUUGAAGCAAAGAUAUAAUGCAAGAGAUGAAAUUGAUCCAAUUUCUCUUAAUGAUAUUGAUGUGUGCAAUGAAUGGCUCGCUUCGGGGGUUGGAGAGUGUAUGAUGUAUACUAGGCGAAAAAAGCAAAAAACAACAAGUGUUGCUGUUACCCAAACUUCUAAAAAACAGGCAAUGGUUGUUGGAUCUUCAUCAAGGAAGCAAAGAGCAGUCCAAGAAAAUGUUGAGGAUCUAAAUUUUGAGGAGAAUAUUGAUCUUGAAUCUGAAGAAGAAGAAAUCAUGGUCAAUUUUGAGGUGUCUGAUGGGGAAGAGGGAGAGAGACAUACUCCAUUACCAUAUGAUAACAACGAAGAUGAUUAUGUUGGGAUUAGAGAAGAUGAUUAG